UAAUAAUGAUACGCGUAAUACUUGACAGUGUAUUAAUCGUAUUGUGUGUUCGUGCUUGUGCGUAAACUGCGGGUGAGUGGGAGGGAGUUUUCGGGUCAACAUCGGGAGGGCUGGUCUCCAUCAUCAGAGAGAGGGAGCGGGAUUACAUCACCGUCCUGCUGGAUAUUUGGGUGCAGUCGGAGGCGCCUUCAGUUUUGGCUGCAGGAGGACCAGAGGCAUCAGGAGCCGGCGCGCCAGCAUGCGGACUGAGAGCGGCGACCUGCGGGGCACUGAGCUGUCUCACCGGGACCUGCCCACCGGCGAAGCUCAGGGCUGAGAGUCCAGGGAUCCGGACUCAUGGACUGUGCAGUUACGCGGGAAAACCCCUCUCCUCUCUCUCGCCGCCAGCAGCAGUCUGAAAGUUGCUGAGAAGUUUUGGAGCGCGUCGCGCCGCGGUUACUCCCCCGGUGCGUCUGCUGCGCGCUCUCAGCUCACACUUGGAUACUUUCCCUUCAGACUCUCCAAGGGAAACCCGGAGCGUCUUUGUCUUCUUCCAGGGAGGAUUAAGUCUGAGUAUCGUGACUGUGUCGGACCCGGUUCAGAGGACAUGGAUAACUCCUGUUAUUUCUUGGCUGUGUUUCUGCUCGUUCUCUCUCUGGGCUUCAGGAUAGAGGAGGGCAUGUGCCAACACUACUAUCUCCUCUAUCCCAUUCCCAGCGAUUCUCUGCCCGUAGUGGACUUAAAGGAGGACCCGAAUCCGGUGCUGGACCCUAAGGAGAAGGACCUGAACGAGACGGAGCUCAGGAGCGUCCUGGGCAGCCUCUUCGACCCGUACUACAUGUCCGUCUCCGCGCCAGAGGACAAGUACGCGACUGGGAGCGAGGACGCGUCGAGCGACGCCGAGACGCGGCUCAAGCUCUCCGGAGCUAUGCCCAAAGAGAUCCGGGCCAUGGAGUUCGAGGUCCAGCACGGCAAGAAGCAGAAGCCGAGCAAAAAACUCCGGAGAAGGCUGCAACUGUGGCUGUGGUCUUACGCCUUCUGCCCGGUUGUUUACGCAUGGAACGACCUGGGCAGCAGAUUCUGGCCGCGCUACGUGAAAGUGGGGAGCUGCUACAAUAAGCGGUCUUGUUCGGUCCCUGAAGGGAUGGUCUGCAAACCUGCCAAAUCGACUCAUUUUACGAUCCUGCGAUGGCGCUGCCUGCAGAAGAAGGGGGGUCUGAAAUGCGCCUGGAUACCUGUUCAGUACCCGGUUAUAUCAGAGUGCAAAUGCUCCUGCCCGAACUGAGAAUGACUCUGUUUCUUUCUUUUUUCUUUUUUUUUUAUGUUUUUACACACGAGCUGCAAAACAUUUCAACUCCUCAAGAGUCAUAAAAACUGGUUUUCUAGUGACAAAAUAAAUCUACUUUGUUGCCUUAAUUCAAAAUAUUCAAAUUAAAAUUCAGUAGAAAUCUGUUUGUUUGUUUUUUGCAGUGCACUGUCCAGUGUAAGAAUGUAUAUUUGAUGUUCAUGUUUUUAUUUUAUGACAGAACGUUGUAUGAAAAGGAAGGUCAGUAUUAUUAAUAUAAUCAAAUCUACUGUAUUUGUUUAAUGGAUCUUUGAUUGUAUCUGUCUAUUUAUAUUGUGUUCAUACUGAAGGAUGGAUUUAUGGACCUCUGUGGGGAAAUCUGAAGAGUUCUGCUCCAAAACACGACUAGAAAUCAGAAUCUCUGGACGAUAAAAAUCAAUAAAACAGACUGAAUAUUAUUAUUUUACUAUGAUUUGAAUCAGGACUCUUCAUGAAUUCUUCUCAUCUUCAGAUGCUGUAAAAUAAAAAGGGACAGAUGGUCUAUAAACCACUGUGUCGCUUCAUUUAUUCUCAUAAAGUUCAAAGUAAAAGUACUGUAAAAAUACUCCAUUACAAGUAAAACUCCUGCAUUUAAAAUGGUACUCAAGUAAAAGUAUGAAAAUAUAAUCAGGAAAAUCAUGUUUAAGCAGCAUUUUAUUGUUUGGUUGGCGCUGGUUUUAGCUUCUGCUCGUUAUUUUAUUGAGUAAUCAAUCGAUCAUUUGAUUGAUUGGUUUGUAAAAUAAUAGGAAAUGUCAUCACAGUCUCCCAGAAUCCAAAGUGACACUUUCACACCUGUUAAAUUGUAUUUAUUUUAAAAUAACCAGAGGGAAAAGAGGUAGAUUGUAACAUUAAAGGUUUGAAAUGACGUAAAACAGUUUCAGCUCUACUUGUAUUUACUGUUAGCAAAUUAUUUUAUAAGCUUGUAUAAUGUUUGUAUUAUGUGUAAAAAAUUAGAAAUUGAGUAUUUUUCUCUGGAGUUUGGUGGUGAAAAUGGAAAUACUCAAGAAAAGUUCAAGAAGUUUCAUUAAUGUAAGAAAAAUGAAGGCCGAGUCGAGAUUAGAUGAAA